AGGUCGUCAUCUUCUCACACAGCAAGCAGCAUCUGAUCAGUCAGUGGAAAGGAUGAAGUGUACAACGCUGUUUCUCGUGCUGUCCAUGGUUGUCCUGAUGGCUCAGCCAGGAGAGUGCAUCUUUGGAUGGAUCAUAAAGGGAGUCUCUCAUGUAGUUGGUCACAUUCACCGUGCGAUUCAUGGGAAGGGAAAAGUUGCAGAAGAACAAGCAGACCAACAGCAACUGGACCAGGAUCAACUGGACCGGCAACAACUGGACCAGGAUCAACUGGACCGGCAACAACUGGACCAGGAUCAACUGGACCAGGAUCAACUGGACCAAGAAGAUCUGGACAAGCAGCAGUUGGACAAACGUUCCUACCAAUCCGCACAUCGCCGCUUUGACUAGAGGCCAGCAGUUCUUGCUUUUACACAUUUUUCCAGCAUCGACCUUCUUUGUUAUUUUGUGUCCCUUCUGAAUACUUUGCUUUUGUUUUAUGACAUUUUCUUUGCAAAGUGGAAAAUAAACCAACGAAGCUUUACAGAGUGCAGGCAAAGCAUACCGCAUUGUAUAUAAACCUGCAGAGAGUUUUGUUAAACGUGAAAUGCAAAUAAAAUCAUUUUCUCCAA